AUGAAGAACGUCGGAUUCUCGGCCUCCGACGACGACGAGGAGAGCGGAAUUGGGCCCUUGGCGUCCUUGCCGGCAAAUGUCAUCUCCCGCAUCGUGUCGAUGUUGCCCGCCACCGAUUACGCCGCCCUCCGGUGCGUCUCCAGAUCGUGGCGCGACAUCGUCUCCUCCAUCCCCUCCGCCCACCACCGCGAUCAGCUCCCCCUCCUCCUCAUCCCCCCGUCUUACGCCCUCCCCGAUCCCCUCCUCCUCUGCCGCCGCCGCCGCACUCUCGGUGCCAACAAUCCCGUCGGGCCCGUCGUCCGCUUUCCCUGCCUUGGCGACCGCCGCAUUCUCGCUCCCCCCAUCUUCCCUCUCGACGUCCCCCGCGACUGCUACCGUCUCCCUUCCCUCGCCAACACCGCCCGCCACGUCUGCGUCGGCUCCUCCUACGGCUGGCUCGUCCUCCUCGGCCCCUCCUCCCACAUCUCCCUCCUCAACCCCCUCACCGCUGACACCAUCACCCUCCCUCCUCCGCUCUCCUCCGUCAGCUACCUCUUCCCCGUCCGCAACCACGACAUCGACGAAUACCUCCUCCCGCAGGGCUCGCACCGCCCGCUCCACCUCGCCGCCCUCAUCCGCGUCGCCGUCCUCUCCGCGGACCCCUCUGCCGACCCCUCCGACUGUCCCUCCUCGUUCCUCCUCGUCAUCAUCCUCGGAAAUGACGUCACCUUCCGCGUCGUCACCUGCGGCCCGGGCAACGGCUAUGCCACGUGGAGGCACCACUGGCUCCACCACCACGCCGACAUCGCUGCCACCCGCAUGACCGACCUCGCCUUCCACGGCGGCCUCUGCUUCGCCGCCGUCAGGGGGCGGUACGUUGCGGUCUUCGACUUCGGCGCCAGUCCGGCGUUCCAGAGGCUCCUCGAUAUCAGGGACAACGACGGCAAUUACAACAGUCCAGCGAGCUACGCUGGCUUCUUGGUCGAGUCGGAAGGCGAGCUUCUGCUUGUGAAGAGGCUUGGAGAGACCACUGCGGCGCGCAUCUCCAUCUACAAAUUGCCUCCGAUCGAGGGAGACGGGGCGAUCGUGCCGGUUCCCAAGGACGGCCUUCGCAGUCGCGCCUUGUUCUUGGGCACAGGGAAUUCCGUGUCGGUCGCGGCCCGAGACUUCUCGCAGUUCGUCAGAGGAAACAAGGUCUACUUCACCGACGUGUGUUGCGAGCCGGGAGAUGAUCGGGCGGUUUUCGUGGGCCGCGUCUUCGAGUCUGACGUUGCGCAGGGCUCCACGAGGAGGGCGUUCGGAGUGGUGGAAGAGCGCGACGUGAACAUGUGGUUGCAUCUGAGGCCGGUUUGGGUUACGCCGAAUUUGCGCAGGAGAGAUCCACAAGCACCAAGAGGUUCAAUCUCGCAUAACAACACUUCCAUUUUUGAUUCUCCCCUGAAAAUAUGCUCAUAG